CCGGUCAGUGCAACCUUGGCCGCGCGAAAGCGACCACCAGUGGCGGGAAAGUAACAAAAAAAGCGCGCGAACUUUGACAGCAGUUAAAAUGUUACCGAGAAAAAGCUGCGUGAUAUUAUUACUGUUCUUGUCGACGGUUCAGAGUGCGAGUUUAUUGGAACGUUCGUACGAAUAUGUUACUAAUUUAGGCAAAAAUAUAGCGCCGAGUGUUAUGUCGUUUUUUGACUGCUUCGGCGAAGACGACGCGUGGAAUUGUGCAAAGGAAAAAGCGGGCAAGAUGCUGGACAACUGGGACGAUGAGGUAGAUAAACAGCGACGUCAGUGGCAGGAGGCGGCAGACGCGGAGGUGCGUGAGUCGGGACGGGCGUUGGAUGCUCUGCCCUCGCAGCUUGGCUCAGAGGUGGAGCAGUCGCUGGCCGUCUUCGCCGAACUGCUACAGCACGGAGUCGCCAGAGCACUGGAAAGGCGAAGGCAAGACAACAUUGAAGAUUUUAAACCAGCGUCUGUUGUGAACAAUGAUAAAAAAAUUAAAAUGCGAAAACCAAAACCACCAAAGAUUCAUCUUCUCAAUCCGAUACAGAAGAAAAAAGAAGAAGGCAGAGGAUUCGCACAGGGAAAAGUGCAAUCAUGGGUUAUAGGUGAAAAAGGUGACGAGUACUUUAAGACUGACUUAACAAAUUCAGAAGACGCUAGAAGUUCGCUGAACAAUCCAGAGUUUGAAAUAGAAGAUAUUGAUCAGGAAGACGCUGAAAUAGAACUGGCAAGAAAAGAAUGGAAUGAUUCAAAAAUUGAUGUGAACAGAAAAGGUAGAGGUCUGGUGUCAGAGAUGUGGGGCAUUGGGGAGCAGGCGCUGGACGCGUUGGCCGAGCAUGUAGUACACAACGAAAAUGUUGAUAAUGGAAUCCAGGAUAAAAGUUCCUUUGAAGAGCAAAGAGGCAAAAAGAAGAAGAAGAAGAAGGCAAUUCUAAAGCUGCUGAUUCUGGGUGCGGUACUCAAGGCUAAGAUAGGGACACUUCUACAAAUAUUGUCGUUCAAGCUACAGGUGAAAUUCUUCAUAAUAGCGCUGAUCGGUCUGGCCAUUAACUUGGCGAGGUUUUGGGUCGAGCUAAAGAACAAGCACCAUCAGCCUCAGAAGGUGAUUUACUACGAGCACGCGCAGCAUCAGCACCACUACGAGCACGAAGAUGAACCUGGCUGGGGGCCCUGGGCACGCAACAUCGAUCCCGAGGACAUAGACGUAGAUGCGGACGUGGACCGCAACAUGCGGCCGUACCGCGCUCAAGAACGCAUCGCAACUCCCCGCCCAUUGCUCACGUUGUCGUAACGUCGCCCAACACGUAACCAACGCACAGCCAGUGUUAGCUUUAUACCAAGUGAUUGAUGAAAUUAUAAAAUAAACCUUAUUUAUUUGUAUGUUUUGUUGCGUGAACACAACAUUUUAUGUUAACCUACUUGUUGAUUAGUUAUUGAUGUACUCAGAGGUCUAAUAUAAAUGUCAUGUCUUCAAUCUUUCCAGCAAGUUAAGAUGCUUUACUAAUCGUUGGUUUCUGAGACCAAAAUUCC